AGUGUAAAGUGUGUGCGGGGGGCGGAGACACCUCACAACGUGGAGGUCCAGGACAGAGAAACAACGAGUUUUAACCACGCUUGGUGUUUGUAUAUAAUACAUCCAAAUGUGCUCAUUGUUGUCUCUUUACACUACUUCUCCUCAACCGUUGUUCCCCCACACGCUGAACUGAAGGACAGAAAAGAAACGGGACGCGUCUUCUGCCAUGGCUAAGUCGUCAACUUGUUGAUGUUACCACUUCAUUUGUUUGGCUGUCAUUCGGGAAUGUGAAGAUGCCAUAUUCUGUCAACUCCUUCUCCACGGAAACUCUCAUCUCCAACAUCUCUUUGGCCUUCUCUACCAGCCCUUCAGCACCACACAGAGAAGACAGCUUCAUCACCACUACCAGUAACAUCAGCAGCAGUAGCGGGUCAGACAACAUUCGCUGCACCUAUAAAGAAGACUUUAAACGUAUUCUACUCCCUACUGUGUACAUCUUUGUCUUCCUGCUCGGCCUUCCUCUCAAUGCUGCUGUCAUACUGAAGAUAUGGAAAACUCGGCCCAAUCUGUCCAAAAACAACAUCUAUAUGUUCAACUUGGCCAUAGCCGACUUUCUGUAUGUGAUGUCACUUCCUUUGCUCGUCUACAACUACGCCAGUCAUGACUACUGGCCCUUUGGGGAGCUUGCCUGCAAACUGGUCAGGUUUCAGUUCUACAGUAAUCUGCACGGCAGCAUCCUCUUCCUCACCUGCAUCAGUGUGCAGCGCUACAUAGGCAUAUGUCAUCCUCUCGCGAUGUGGCACAAGCAAGGUGGCCGCAGGUUGGCGUGGUGCAUCUGUGGAGGUGUGUGGCUGGUGGUCAUUGUCCUCUGUGCGCCAACUUUUCACUUCGCCGCGACGGGAAUCCAGCGAAAUCGUACAGUGUGUUAUGAUUUAAGCACACCAAAGCAUUCAGUGGACUACUAUCCCUACGGCAUGGCUCUAACCUGCCUCGGCUUCCUGUUGCCUUUCAUGGGCGUGAUGGUCUGCUACUGUCGGAUGGCCCACGUCCUCUGCCGCCCGGUGUCCUACCAGGGUGUCUCAAUGGCAACUGGAGAGAAACGGGACAAGGCCGUGAGGAUGAUCAUCGUAGUGGCAGCAGUGUUCUGCAUAAGUUUUCUGCCGUUUCACCUCACCAAGACCUUGUAUCUGGUGGUGCGUACUCUGCCUAAUGCACCCUGUGGGACAAGAAACCUGUUUGCAGUCAUCUAUAAGUGCACCAGGCCAUUUGCCAGCAUGAACAGCUUUCUGGAUCCUAUUCUGUUUUACUUCACUCAGCCACGCUACCGCCAGAGCACGAGAAGGUUUGUGCUCAGAGUCACCACCCUCAAGGACAAGGGCACCAGUGUGUGAGCAAACAGCAGAUCACAGCUGCAGCAGUUUUCUUAAAGCGCUGUUUGCGUACGCUGUUGCCAGAGUUGAAAUGAAAAUCCAUAUUCUCUGCACUGUACUGUACAUAUGAUUGCUGAUUAUACCAUCAGCUGUCCAGUGAAUUUUCAUCUUGAACUGUCCGUGUUAUCUGUGAAAUGUUUACUUUGAUUGUCUACUGUGCAGCGAGUAGUUAACAAGAAGCUUUAUUUUUUGUCUUUUUGUUUCACACUGUGAACUGCAGUAUAACAGAAAUGCUCCAAAGGUAUAAAAUAAUUAGGAGCAUGUCCACAGUUUAUAUAGAACUAAAAAUGAGAGAUAUGUAUGAGAUAUGUAUGAGAUACAAAUGGAGAAGGCGACAGACCAAUUAACGUAUGUUUUAAUAAUACGAUAAUAACCACUGUGGCACAAAGCCAUGUGAAAUGCUCAAAGCAGUUAUUACGUGUUAGAUGACUGCAUGUUAGAAUUGCAUGAAGUGUGUAUGCAGAUGAACUGGUGUUAGGGGGAAACAUGCCUCAGAAUCAAGGGACUGCAAAAAUAUAGCAGGUGAAGUCGGGAAAUGUAUUUUUAUAUAGAGUAACUGCACUUUCAAAUGAAGGUUUGUGCUGUCUUGUUGCCUACAGUUGACACUCUAACAUUGAAUGAGUUGUCGGCUUGUCGUUGCAUGUGUUCACCACAGGAUGGCAGUUGUACCCCACUGCAUGGAAUCGCUGGUUCUGUUCUUUCUGAAAAUGAUAUGGUUAUUAACUUUGUAUUCAGCAAGUUUUAGAUGUUAGUAGAAUCAGCGAUGAACCUAUAGCAAGAAAACUUAGAUAUAUAUAUAUAGAUAUUUAGAUAUCCACUUCAUACCACACAUGCUUUUAUCUGCAUGUUCUUUAACUUCUCCAGUAAACAGAGGAAAUCUAUUACAUUGAUGCAUCCUUAUCAGGUGCGUUAGACGCUCAGAGGGAAGGAAGAAUGCAAUUUAUGGACUUUAGGGCUGGGUCUAAAUUGAGGAGCAACCCUGCGGUUUUCCACUUCCUGUGAGUGCAUGAACCCUUCCCAUAAAAUUGAGAUUUCUGCUUCGAGAAUUCCCCUCUGUUGAUGGAAGUGUACUGUUAGAGAGAUGAUAGAAGAAAGAAUGAAUAAUAGAAUAGAGACAUUUCUGAAAAGCAGCUCACUGCUCUUAAAGAAGCUCUCUAGAGUGUCCUUGAAUUGUUUAGCACUUAGCACUGUUAUGAUAGGUCUAACCAGAUACAGUACAGUCUAAAUUUGUACAGACUACACAUUGGAGGAAAUUGUAAUUUUAAACUUCUUUUUUGUAUUUCAUUUGGGGAUAUACUAAGUAACUGAGUUACUGAGCGUAUAAUUUGGUCUGUAAAGUUCAUGAAAUGAACAUAAAUGCAGAUGUGCAUUGUAAAAGGAUGUGUUGAUGUGUAGUAGUUUUUGCAUUUUGUUGUAACUUAAUGUUACUUUAAUUAAAAUUUUCAUGUUCUUCUGCAUACUUUUUUUCCCAGUCACUUUUGCGUGUUGUAUUUCAGACACACACUGUAAAGAAAACUUAACCACUUAACUCAUAUGCUAUACAUUUAGUGUGCUAGCAGCUUUAGAAUUGCUCUGAAGCCACUGUAACAGAUGACCUUUAGGCAGCUUUGCUAUCUAAACACUUGGUUCAAACUUGCAACUGCAGUUUGACUUUUGCACCCAUGAGGGGAGAAAUACUUUGUGUAUUGUUUUAAUGUGAACGUGUCAUUUUUAAAGGAACAUUGUGACCAAAGUAAUGAGGUCAUGUGCUUAAAAAUGUUUAUAAUCUCUGUCAUUUGUGUUUGUAUAAUGUGCAUAUUAAGUAAUGUAUUAAUUGUGGUAAGUUAACUGUAUGUCCUGCUUCUGCUUCUUUUUGUUUAUGUGUAUGUUUGGUCAAAUAUUGUUGAUGCCUGAUUUAUUUCUAUUUUUAUUUUUCCAUAACUGUCUCAAAUGUAUUCUGUGACAUCUUUGCUAACAUAUAUUUGUAUCAAUCAGUAUUAUUUAGAAAAAGAUCUAAUAUCUGUAAAAUACUGUAACAGUGUAGUAUCAGGAGUAGAAUUUUAUUUUUGUUACAUAGAAAGAAAAAGUGUCAUUAAGUUUUUUUUCUUGGAUUACUUGUGAAAAUGUUUUGGAUGUUGUCAUUAUGUAAAAGUAACUGAAAAGAAGCCAUUAAAAAGUAAUGCAGCCGGU